AUGAGACACAAAGACUCCUGCAGAUAUCAGGAUCGCAUUUCUAUUGUUCGGCCUGGUCCUGGCGUGUUUAAAGAAGGCGCCUGCGCGCGCUGCGCAACAUGGGGCUACAAAGAGCCUCAAGUCCAGAUUUCCGUGUCGCCCUUUCGCAGCAAAUGGGGAAAACCACAUACCAAUGCGUAUCUCUGCGAUAACUGCUACUGGGACGUGGCUGGGAGAGAUUACGGCGACCCGUGCAUGAAAUCUCUCUGCUGUCUGUGUACGCGACGUACCGAUCUCGACGUCCUCCUCAUCAAUAAGCGAUUUUAUAAUGAAGCGGCUCCGAUUUUUUGGUCUGAAAGUCGUUUCGCAUUCGAAUAUCCUAAUUUACUCAGUGGGUUUCUCCGCGCUAUCAGUCCUCAGGUCCGUUCAUGGGUGAGGCAAAUAAGCUUUAUGCCAUCGCAUAAUCGUCUUGUGCACGAUGAUACAACCAUCCCUCAGAGGAUGUUGUGGGGAGGACCAACCGAUGGUGACCUGGUGGAUCCAUGGGGGUGGGGGGAUAUAAAAAGUUGCUGGCAGCUACUCCGUCAAUGUGAAGGCCUGACAUGGCUGGAAGUAGACGUGUACUGCCUGCAACGAUUAGAAUGGGCUCUUCUCAUUCGAUUAAUCCAUGUCAGACGGUCGGUGGUUUUCUCGCGGCGUCCGGGAGCAGACGAGAUUGAUGACAAACGUAUCAACACCGACUCGAAGAUAUGGCUGUCGAUUGGUGGCAGACAGCCAGUUCAUACACUCACUACCGAGCUGAUGAUCGAGAGCAUGACCAAUCCUCGGAACAUGAAGGCCAAGGUCCUCAAACGCCAUUAUGCGGAAACCAAGCUGCAUGAAAUAUACGGAGGAGAUAUCUAUCCCGGGGUGGACUACGACAGUGAUGAUUGGUAG